GUAUGUAUAUAAUAAUUCUUUUUUCUUUUUUAAAUAUGUUAUGUUUGAAACAAAAUUUAUGUCUUUUUAUUGCAGAUGCUUGCACUACUUUAGUUCGAGUAAGAAGCUGGAAGCUCACACCGUAGAUUGCGAGAAGAUGAACGAAUGCGCAAUCGUAUUACCAGAUGAUGAAAGCAAGUGGCUCAGCUUCGACAACUACAUCCGGAAGGAGCGACUUCCAUUUGUGGUGUACGCCGACCUCGAGUGCGGUUUUCUGAAGAAAACUGAUCGAGAAGCACCAAGAUCCACAUACCACCAUCAUAAAGUAUUUAGUAUUGCAUAUUAUGUUCAAUGUGCGUACGAUUCGUCCUUGUCGGUGUAGCAAUGUCGUCGUGAUGCGAAUUGUGUUUCCUGGUUCGUCGAAGAAUGAAAGAAUUUGGCACAUUUUGUUAAAUCAAUUUUAUCAAAUAACAUACAAAUGGAUGAUUUAACGAGCGAACAGCAGGAGGCAUUUCGCAACGCGACGCAUUGUCACAUAUGCGAAAAACCGUUUGGAGAAAACGAUACGAGGGUUCGCGAUCAUUGCCAUCUAACCGGUCGGUACAGAGGUCCCGCGCAGUCCAAUUGUAAUCUAAAUUAUAAAAACUCUUUUUGCAUUCCCAUAGUUUUUCAUAAUUUGUCCGGUUACGAUUCGCAUUUUAUUAUCGAAGAAAUAGCUAUAGCUUUCGAGGGUGCCGUCAGUGUAUUGCCGAUAACAAAAGAAAAGUACAUCUCGUUCACAAAAAGUGUCAAAGAUCCAAAUGAACCGUUGCGAAAUUGUAUAAAAUUGAGAUUCAUCAAUUCAUACAAAUUCUUGAGUACCAGUCUCGAUAAAUUAGCGUCUUUCUUAGAUAAAAGCAAAUUAAGAAUUUUACGAACCGAGUUUCAAAAUUUGUCUACCGAAGAUUUCGAAUUAUUGACGUGA